AUGAUCUUCUCAGGGCCUCAUCCCCCUCCCCAUGGAGCCCCCAAGAAGAGGACUGCUUUCAUCGACAUUACAAAUGCUCAUAAGGUUACGAUCAGCCUUCCAGGGAGAGAGAAGAAGAAGCAGGCGAAGAAAACAAGCGCUACUUCAGUGUCGACGGAGAACCAUGCAAACCUGGAAAAGUCUUCAUCUGUGAGCUCAGAGGGGACGCCGACUGUGACGGAAGAACAGACUUAUAAGGACGAGGAGCAGGAGGCAGCAGCUCCAGUAGAAGAGCUGGAGGCUGCUGCGCCCCCUGCUGCCCCGGAGGUGCCGGCACACCUCCUGAAACAACAGAUCCCAGCGGAGUUUGACAUCGACUCUGAGAACUCUGAAGACUGUUACAUGUGUCCCGAGUACGCGAAGGACAUCUUUGACUACCUCAAACAGAGAGAGGAGAAGUUUGUCCUCACUAACUACAUGCCCAGUCAGCCCAGCCUCAACCCAGAGAUGAGAGCCAUCCUGAUCGACUGGCUGGUGGAAGUACAGGAGAACUUUGAGCUGUACCAUGAGACUCUGUACCUGGCUGUGAAGAUGGCGGACCACUACCUCUCAAAUACCCCCGUCCACAGGGAGCUGCUGCAGCUGGUCGGCUCCACCACCAUGCUCAUCGCCUCCAAGUUUGAGGAGCGCAGUCCGCCGUGUGUCGACGACUUCCUCUACAUUUGCGAUGACGCGUACAAGAGGGAGGAGCUUAUCGCCACGGAGGCCAAGAUCCUGCAGGCGCUCUCCUUCGACAUCAACAUCCCCAUCCCAUACCGCUUCCUCAGACGCUAUGCCAAGUGUGUGAGCGCGGAGAUGGACACGCUGACCCUGGCGCGGUUCUUCUGUGAGAUGAGUCUGAUGGAGAUGGAUCUGGUGGAGGAGCGCGGCUCGCUGCUCGCCUCCGCCUGCCUGCUGCUGGCGCUCAUCUCCAAGGACCUGGGAGGAUGGUGUCCCAUCCUGCAGUUCCACUCCGGGUAUCAGACGUCAGAUUUGGCGCCCGUCGUCAGGAAACUUUACGAGAUGCUCUUAGCUCCAGCGGACGACAAACUGAGAGCCAUCAGGAACAAAUACUCACACAAGGUGUUUUUCGAAGUUGCAUCCUUACCUUUGGUCAACGCCGACAUCCUGGAGAAAGCUUUAUCUCAGUGAGACGUCGCCUACUACCAAAAAUAAAAUCUUGCCACUGAGUGAAAGUAUUUUAACAAAAAAGUUCCCUCCAACCCUGUACAUAUUUGUUAAUAUGUUGAAUAUUUAUACGUGUCGUCUAGCCUGUCUUUUAUAUUCUAUUUUAAAUAAAUUCCAGUUGACAUUUAGUCCUCCUGUGGGCAUUUGUUAAGAAGUGUUGCCAGAUGUUAAGGUUGUUAAUAAUGGCAUUUUAAGCGCUGCAUUCCAGUCGUUUUAGCAUUCAUUUUAUAAGAAGUUUUAAGAUAAUGGUAGGUUUGAGAGAAUUCGAAACCUGCCUGCGUGUUUUCACAAGUGUUCCUACGUUGUUAUAGUUGACAGGUAUGUGUAUUUCCAUCUGUUUGUACAGUGUUUAUCAUGUUUAUAUCACUAUGCUAAUUAUUAUUUGUAUAAAAGAUGACCGGAUGAUGCUGUGCUAUUUUUAAAUGGCUGUCAAUUCGCACUCUUAAAAUAAAGACAUUGCUUUUUUAUCUGUUUGAUAAAACGGCUGGAUUUUCUUA